AUGAUCCUUAAAAUAGCAGAAGAAUUAUUGGGGAAGACAUCUGGUAGAGGACCACCAAAUGAGAAGGAGAGCUGGUGGUGGAACCCUAACACCCAAGAUAAGAUAAAGAAGAAAAAGGAAGCAGGAGUUGCCUAUGACAGGAACCAAUCUGAGGAAAAUAGGAUAGCUUGGAAAACUGCAAAUAAAGAAGCAACAAUGGCAGUAGUAGAGGCAAAGGCAAUUGCAAUGGACAAGCUCUACGAGAACUUAGAGACAGCUGAAGGCCAAAAGAGAAUACACAAGAUAGCAAAAACCAGAGAUAAAUCAUCAAAGGAUCUAACACAUAUUAAACAGAUCAAGGACAAAAAUGGAAGAGUUUUAUCGAAAGAGGAAAGCAUAAUAGUUAGAUGGAAGGAGUACUUUGAAGAGUUACUAAAUGAAGAAAACCCCAGAACAAUAAUAAGAGAUGGAAACCCUCAUGAAAGAAUAGUCCAGGAUGUCAGCAGAGAAGAGGCUAAGAAGGCACUGGAUAAAAUGAAGAAGGGGAAAGCAGUGGGACCUGAUGGAAUACCAACUGAAGUGUGGAAGUGUUUAGGAGAGGAAGGCAUAGACAUCCUGUGGGAUUUAAUGACCAAGAUAUAUCGCCAAGAAAGAAUGCCAGACAUGUGGAGAAAUAGUCUAAUGGUCCCAAACUACAAAGGGAAGGGUGAUGUGCAGGAGUGUGGGAACUACAGACGAAUUAAACUGAUGUCACAUACAAUGAAAAUAUAUGAGAGGAAUAUAGAAGGAAUAUUGAGAAUGGAAACCACAAUUUGUGAAGAAUAA